CAGGAGCGUUGUUGUAGUUAGCUGCUUAGCUAAUUUCAUCCGGGCAGCUUCAUCCUCGCUAUUGAAAGUGCGCUUAGAGCAACAUUUUAUUUUUAAGGCCAACGUGUCGUGUUUCAGUAACACCAACACAGUACUCGUAUGGAGUUGCUUACCGUUUAACGUUAACUAAAGACUAGCCACUCAACUAACGUUCGCUUCAAUAUAGUUACUAGCAAGUUAAGCUAGCAAAUGUGUUUGUCUAUGCACCCCAGUCUAGUUAGCUAGCUCAAGUGCCUAAAUUCGCAGGAAUGAACCAUAAAAGUAAGAAAAGGAUCAAAGAGGCGAAGCGGAGCGCCAGACCUGAGCUGAAGGACUCUUCAGACUGGACGAAACAUGACUAUUGCGAGACUUUCGAUGUGUCACACCGCUCAGUGAAGGACAAUGUUGAGCGUGUGGACACCCUGCGUCUCAGCGCAGAGGAGUUCAUCCAGCGCUUCGAGAGGCCCUACAAACCUGUGGUGCUGCUCAACUGUCAGGACACCUGGCCCGCCCGCGAGAAGUGGACCAUGGAGCGCCUCAAACGUAAGUACCGCAACCAGAAGUUCAAGUGUGGUGAGGACAACGAUGGUUACUCUGUGAAGAUGAAGAUGAAGUACUACGUGGAGUACCUGGAGUCCACACAGGACGACAGCCCACUCUAUAUUUUCGACAGCAGCUACGGCGAGCACGCCAAGCGCCGUAAGCUGCUGGAGGACUACCAGGUGCCAGUUUACUUUAGGGACGACCUCUUCCAGUUCGCUGGGGAGAAGCGCCGGCCUCCUUACAGAUGGUUUGUAAUGGGUCCUGCCCGCUCUGGCACUGGCAUCCACAUUGACCCGCUGGGUACGAGUGCCUGGAAUGCCCUGGUGCAGGGGCACAAGCGCUGGUGCUUGUUCCCCACCCACACGCCCCGGGAGCUGAUCAAGGUGACCCGGGACGACGGGGGCAACCAGCAGGACGAGGCCAUCACCUGGUUUAACGUGGUGUACCCACGCACCCAGCAGACAACCUGGCCUGCUGAGUUCAGACCCCUGGAGAUUCUGCAGGGACCAGGGGAGACCGUGUUUGUUCCUGGAGGCUGGUGGCAUGUGGUUCUCAACAUGGACACCACCAUCGCUAUCACUCAGAACUUUGCCAGCACCACCAACUUCCCCAUCGUGUGGCAUAAAACUGUGCGGGGCCGGCCCAAACUAUCAAGGAAGUGGUAUCGUAUCCUGAAGCAGGAGAGGCCAGACAUGGCUACCCUGGCAGACAAAGUGGACCUCCAGGAAUCGACUGGCAUCGCCUCUGACAGCUCCAGUGACUCUUCCUCCUCCUCUUCCUCCAGCUCCUCUGACUCAGACUCAGAGGCUGAGUCGGGCUCGGAGGGGGACGCCAUGUCUCACAGGCGGAAGAAGAGGAAGACGUGCGGUAUGAUAUCCAACGGAGACAGCAGCACCAAGGACGACUGUGUCAGCAAAGAGCGCAGCUCCUCCCGGUGACCCCCUCGCUCCGCCCGCCUCGCCAAAAGGCUACACCCAGGGGGACUUUUGCAUGAAGAGCAGCCAAUUUGUUUGUUUUCAUUGGUG